AUGACCGCAACUACAACCCAAGUUCCUACCCGUCAGCUUGUAUCAGAAAAGGAAUGGUUAAAAUUGUUCCCGAAACACUUCACCGAAAACUACACAAGUUCUGUGACUUUUAUAAAACAGUUGACUGUUAUGGCGAUGAGCACUAUAACGUAUAUGAAAUGCGCGUUACCGGAAGACAGCUACGAUACCGAGCAAUUCGCGGGACUCAGGCUGAAGUUGCUCAAGGACAAAUGCGAGGAUGAAAUGGCUCGAUUUCUGAGCAAAGCGUUGAAAUGCACGUUUGAAGCUUUCGAUAAGAAAUAUGUACAUCAGCUAGCCAUCUGCUUCCACAAGGGCGACUGUGUUCCGGAGAACAUGAUAGAAUACCACCUCUUCGAGUACACCUACAACGCUGACGGAGUUUCCAUGAACAUCAGCUCUGCGAACGGAAACAACGAAAAGAACGCGACGUCUAUGCUCCUGCGCACACUUUCCGUGUACGAGAGCGGUAUGCCGCCGCUGCCCGUCGACUACGAUAUCAGCCUGCGGAUCUAUUACAAUGAGAGUGCUCCCGAGGACUACCAAGCGCCCGGUUUCGAGGCUAGUACCGGUCCGGACCCGGUGUCGGACACGCUGCGCGCGGCCGUGCGCCUGGGCCGCGUCGAGACCCCCUACCACAAGCUUGUGGCUAGAACUUACAUGCGGGAGGAUAUGCCUGAUGAGCCAUCGGAUACAACAGAAAUGAGACAAGAUGAUGAUGUUGAAGACGGUUCAAUGAAUUGCGAGGUAGACUCGGAGUCACUGGAACCGUCGCUUCGCUGUCCCUGCGGCAAACAGGAUUCCCGCGAACAGGCGCUAGUGACGUGCCGCUUCUGCCACACCCAGCAGCACGCCACGUGCUUCGGGCUGCUGGGGCCGAUAACGGAGCACUGCUGCGCGGAGUGCGCGGACAGAGACCCCGCCAGGAGGUCCACGUGCUCCAUACUAGAGGGUCUGGGGAGCCGCAAGCAGGAGUGCCUCUGCAUCUUCCGCCGUACCCUGGCCAUGUGCUCGCGCCAGGCCUCUCUCACCGGCGACGAGCUGAUGGCCAGGUUCAACCUGACCCUCGCCAGCACCGCCAAGAUGAUCCGACUGCUGACCUCACACCAGAUUCUGGCCAACAUAGACCCCAACAAAUUCAACCUGACCCUCGCCAGCACCGCCAAGAUGAUCCGACUGCUGACCUCGCACCAGAUUCUGGCCAACAUAGACCCCAACAAGGGCGCCGAUUUGUAUGCGCAACUGGCGCCCCCCGGCGGAAAAGUUUUGGUCCAGAACCGGCACAAACACACUACUACCGGCGACGAGCUGAUGGCCAGAUUCAACCUGACCCUCGCCAGCACCGCCAAGAUGAUCCGACUGCUGACCUCGCACCAGAUUCUGGCCAACAUAGACCCCAACAAUUUGACCGUAGUCCGAAACAUCAACCCGAUACGUCUCAAGCUGGCCUACAAGAAGUUCUUCCUGACAGAGCGGGACAGCGACAGCAUCGUCGAGCGUGUCAUCGCAGAGACGGAGGCCUCAGACCCCGUCGGGGAGGCCUUAGGCCCCAUACAGCAGAUCACACUCAAGGAAACUAACCCCGGCACGGUUAUAGACAAGCCUGAGACAAUUAAUAUGAAUACACCUUUGAAAGAGUUCAGUGAAGUAGAGAUACCUACCCAGGACCCAUCUGAGGAGCUUCCUCUGAGCGGCUCCCAUAACCCGGUGAACGUGCCCAGGCCUGCGAAGCGACUCAAGAGGAAAAAGUCAGAUGAAGAGGAAUGGACGCCGAAGUUGCCUAAAUUGCGGUCUGGGUCUACUAGGAACAAGAGAGCUUAG